GCAAAGAGUAUAUAAUCUUGGCCUUAUAAGAUUGCUCUCCAUGUUCUUAUAUUCCACACCGCUAGACUCAGCUCUGCGCCAUGAAAACCGUGGUUCUGUGGUUAUGUCUCCUGAGCGCGGCGGGCUCCAGCAGCGGUGCAGCCGAGUUCAAGUGCGCAGAGCCCCCCUCCGCCAUGAAGUUUUCCCUCACCAGCUACCGCAACAAGACAGGCCACUGGAAGGCUCAGGUGCAGCUGGAACACAGAGCGACAGAGCAAGAUUCAGCCGAGUGGGAGGUUGACAUCGACCACAGAGUUACUCCUCAGUACAAUGGUUCCGACACCAUCCUCAUUGUCGCUACGGUCACAGUUCCUCCUGUAGGAACUGCCGUUGUUACGCCAGAGGCUCCGAAACCCGUACCAGAAGGUUACAGAAAGUUUUCAGAGUCCGACUACUUCAAGGUUUACGCAGCAGAAAAUUCAUGGGUGCCAGCACGCGAUAUCUGCCAGAAGGAAGGGGCACACCUUGCCGUUGUGAACUCUGAGGCUGAGGCAAGAUUCAUAACGAGUCUCUGGAAUUCCAAAUCGGAUUGGGCCUUCAUAGGAACCCACGACCUAUACGAGGAGGGAAUAUAUGUUACGAUAUACAAUCAGUCGCUCAGUGCCGCAGGUUACGACAAGUGGUUUUUAGGAGAGCCGAACGGAGGUACUGCUGAGAACUGUGGCGUCAUCAACCGCAACACGUUGCUAGGAAAUUAUUUCUGCAACCGUCAUUUACCGUUCAUCUGUGAAUUCCAAAAUUGAGCACCCGGGUCUCAGCAAUUUCUUAUUUUAUGAUAUUAAAACAGCAAACAAUUACCACUAGGAACAAUUAUAGUUUUCCUUAUCUAG